CCCCCUCGACUGCCGCCACGGCCGCGUCCUCGUCCGCAUGUUCCAUGGCCCGGCUGUGGAUCUCCUUGUCUGGGACCCCGUCAACGGCGACCGCCACGUGGUGCCCAAUCCGGACAUCAACGUAUUGAUCUACACCGCCGCCGUGUUCUGCGCCGCCGCCGGCUGCGACCAUCUCAACUGCCACGGCGGCCCCUUCCGCGUGGUCUUCCUGGCCACUGAUGACCACGAGGAAGUCGUCAAGGCGAGUGUGUACUCAUCUGUGACAGGUGCCUGGAGUGAGCCGGUAUCUCUCGACGAUAGCUGUGAAUGCUAUGCCCAGCACAAGCGAGAUACAAGUGCAAAAAGAGGGUACUACAUACCCUAUGUCCAGCCCAGGCGAGUAGCCGCUAUUGGAGAUGCAGUCUACUUCACAAUUUCGCGGUCUACUGCCAUUGCCAAGUAUGACUGCGGUAAGAAUCGAUUGUCUGUGAUUGACCCACCACCACCAGAUACAGAGGUGUACGGUGGUUUCAUUACCCUCAUGGUGAUGGAGGACAAUUCACUGGGGCUCGCUGGCGUUAAGGAUUUUAGUCUGCAUCUCUGGUCAAGGAAUGUGAAUGGAGCUGCAAAAUGGGUACAGUGCAUGGUCAUUGACCUGGAGAAAAUCAUGCCCAUGGCCAAACCCCUCAAAGGCAAUGGAGCCAAUGUGGUUGGUUUCGCAGAGGGUCUGGGUGUCAUCUUCGUUAGCACAACGGUUGGCUUAUUCACGAUCGAGCUCAAGUCGGGACUGGUGAAGAAGGUUGAUGCACCUGGGGUCUACUUUUCGGUUUUGCCCUACAUGAGCUUCUACACUCCUGACCGUGGUAGAUUGUUGUCGCUGGCUAGGCUCACUGAACACUGAUGUCUGACAUGCCACUCACCAGCGAAAUGGAUGAAUCCAAUCACUAACCUUAGUUCUGCUGCUGGUGGCUUCUUCAAGUCUUGAAGAUUUACUACUGUCAAAUUCUGCUGCUGGUGGCUUCUUCAACUCUUGAAGAUUUACUACUGUCAAAUCCUUUAUUUUCUGUUGGAGUAGGUAGAGCACGACUGGUGGAGGUCAUUAUGAUGUACUAGGGACGCCGAGUUCUGCAUUUUCUGGUCGUAUGUGGACCCGAAAUUCAUCCAAAUCAACUAGAGCUAGUCCUGAUUUUCAAAGUAAGAAAUGUAGAAGGAAAAUGAACCGAGAGGGAAGACCCAGAGCUACUUAAUGGGUGUCCACUUUGCAAACUGAGGUCAACCGUGGAUGUUUUUGUUGAAUUCAUGCUGAUCCUGUAUGGGUCUAAAGGAUGUAGAAGCAUCAAAAUAUUUGAU